CUCUCACCCGCGAAGUUAGAGCCAAUUAGGAUUUCUCAGUCAGUCAAAGACUCGAUUACUUCAAGUUCAAAACACUCCCCGAUCAAAAACGACGCCGUCCAAUCCACCACCGCCCAUCGCCGGCAGCUAGGGUUUCGUAAUCACUCCGGGUUCCCAAUCCCUCAUCUUCACCAUGAACUGCGAAGUUUGCCAACUCAAAGAAUUGGAAGUCGAGCACUUUGAGAUUCGUGAAGUUCUUCGCUGCAUACUUCACACAAUUGUGUUCAACCGGGCUUUAGGUCUUGUUCGGCCGAAAGAUGUUGAUUUGGAACUAUUUGAAAUUACAUAUGUGCAAUGUGGAGAUGUGGAUCUUGAAAAGAAAAUAGAUGAGAAGAUUGAGCAAUUCAUCAGUUGGGUAGAGAAACACCCAAACAAGAAAAGUCAGGUCUGCUUGUCUUUCUUUGAAGUAAAAAAAAACAAACAGGCAUCUUGGUUCACUAAUAAGACAGAGCGGCUAUAUUGGGAACAGUGGUAUAUCAAUUUAAAUGUGGCCCAAACCCCAAAAGUACAUUCUACCAAAUCUCAUCACUCCAAAAUUGUAGUUGAUCCAGGAGAAAGUGCAUCAGAGGAGAGAAUUGCUCGCAGAGCUGCACUUGAAUCAACUCUUCAUGAGGUUUUGUUUCAAAUUGUGAAAUUUGUGAACGAGAAGAAAGAUCAUGUUCCCCCCAUACCGAAUCUUGAGGGUGUAGUCUAUUUCCCCCAUGAAAUAACUAUCCCAAGUUCCUCGGACUCUGCAUUUGGGAUGGACAUAUUCAAGAGGAUGCUGCAGACUGGCCACCCAACCAUGCUUAGCUGAUUAUCUGAGUUUGUGUGCUGUACCAUUUCUCUGAUCUGCUUCUGAAGGUAAAUAAACUCAUGUUCAUAAUGACUCGAUUAGUAAGUCGGUAAACCUUCUGCAAAAACUGGCUGUCAGUGCAAGUAAGGUCGUUUCUCUGUAAAGAAGUGGUUCCAAGUGCGUAAUUCCUUUCUGUAACUUUGUAAAUAUACUCUCAUCUCCCGUACUUUUCAGUUAUCUUUAUCAUUUCUGGCAUAUCCCUUAGUAUCUGGCACGAGUUUGAUCAAUCGGAAAAAUAAACAUUGAUGCUUUGUUCGAUUGUAGGCUAAGAUGGACUGAUACGAGUAUUAGUAUCCGAUACAAUACAAUAUGUAUAUACAUCAAUUAAAUAUUAUUUUUUAAUAUACUUAUGUAUAUAUCAAUUGUAAAAGGUAAAUAAAACAUGCAUUGUUUAAAGAAAGA